UCCCCUCAGCCCGGCCGCCAUUUCGGGAGCUGUGCGCGGGCGCGCGGCGCCCCCUGGCGGCCCCGCGGCCGGCCCGUCCCGCCCGGCGGCCAUGAAGUCCGUGUUCGUCACCGUGGGCACCACCAGCUUCGACGAGCUGAUCGCCACCGCCCGCUCCCCGCCCGCGCUGCAGGCGCUGCAGAGCCGCGGGUACCAGAAGCUGGUGCUGCAGGUGGGCCGGGGCUCGCUGCCGCAGCCGCAGCCCAGCAGCAGCCCGGCCGUGGCGGUGGAAGCGUUCCGCUUCAAGGACUCGCUGGCUGAGGAGCUGCAGAGCGCAGACCUGGUCAUCAGCCACGCAGGUGCUGGUAGCUGCCUGGAGACUCUAGAGAAAGGAAAACCACUAAUAGUAGUAAUAAAUGACAAGCUGAUGGACAACCAUCAGCUUGAGCUGGCCAAACAGCUCCACAGAGGUGGCUAUGUCCUCUACUGUAACUGCAGCACUCUUGUGGAGACACUGCAGUCGAUGGACUUGUCAGCUUUGAAACCUUUUCCUCCUGGACAGCCAGAAAAGUUUGCUUCAUUCUUGGAUACAGUUUUUGGGUUACAAUAAACAAAACAGAAAUAAAAAGGUUGGAAUAAAA